CUAAUCUUGAACUCAGAGAGAGAGAGAGAGAGAGAGAGAGAGAUGGAGGGGAGAGCGAGGGGAUCACUGCCGUUUGUGGGGAUGAUAAUGGUGGUUCUGGCUCAAGCGAGCAACAUGGUGGUGUUGAAAAUGGCCAUGUCCGAUGGUAUAAACAAGUGCACCAUGGUCUUUUACUGUAAUGCCCUCUCCUCUCUCGUCCUCCUCCCAUGUCCCUUCAUCAUCUCUCGCAGGUCAGGGUCGUCUCCUCCUCUCACUUUCUCUGUCCUUCGCAAGAUCUUCUUGCUCGCUCUGGUUGGAUUCGCAGCACAGAUGGGCGGGUAUGUCGGCAUCGAUUACAGCUCCCCAGUUCUGUGCAUGGCCAUGAUGAACCUCGUCCCAGCUUUCACUUUCAUUCUCGCCAUUAUUUCAAGGAUGGAGAAAGUGAAUUGGAAAAGCUCGAGCAGCCAAGCCAAGCUUGUGGGAACCAUCGCAUCAAUCCUUGGUGCAUUCCUAGUCACUCUUUACAAGGGUCCACCGAUUCUCCGCUCACCUUCGCCUCCUUCGUCUGUCCAAUCUCGUCAGCUUCUUUUUCUUCUCUCGCGACAAUCGAAUUGGAUCCUUGGUGGGUUUCUCCUCGCGUUCGAAGCUUUCUUGACAUCAGUAUGGUACAUCGUACAGGCAAUUAUCCUCAAAGAUUACCCUGUGGUGCUGAACAUAAUGUUCUAUUCAAUGUUCUUUUUUACUAUUCUUUCCGGGUUAUUGUCCUUCGUUACAGUGAGAGAACCUCAUUCAUGGAUCCUAAAAGUCGAUGUGGGUUUAAUCGCUAUUUUAUACUCAGCUUUGGUUGCUGGCGUCUUCAGACUCACAUUGUGUACAUGGUGCCUGAAGAAAAUUGGACCCGUUUAUGUCUCGAUGUUCAAGCCCUUGGGAAUUGUAUUUGCUAUUGGAUUGGGGUUCAUAUUUCUAGGGGAGAUGUUAUACCUUGGAAGCUUAAUAGGAGCGAUUGUGAUUGUGAUGGGAUUCUACGGGGUGGUGUGGGGAAAGUCCAAAGAGGAAGAGAAGACGAUCGAGGGAAGCGGGGUUGGGGGGAGCUUGGCGACCUCCAGCCACGAGAUUCCUUUGCUCCAAGACAAAGCUUGGAGCGAUUAAAUAUUCUUGGCAACAUAAAAAAAGAAGGAAAAUGACAAAGAUUUCUACAUAUUCAUAAGACGUACCCUCUCGUCUUUUGAA